AUGGCCUCUGUGUGUUUCGUGACCGGAUCUUCGUUCUUCCGUUUGUUGCCACUGCGCCGUGUACUCUUCUCUCGCUUCUGCGCCUUGACGUUCCCUUGCCUUUUGCCUCUGCCUCUUUCCCGUCGCGACUUCUCCCCGGUCUGCUUCUCUCCGAUCCUUUGCAGAUUCGUGAUCGACGGCCGAGACGUGUUCACACAGGAGCACCACGUCGUGACUUUUUUCUACACCAGGUUGUGGCGAAGAGAAACAGCUGUCGACCGACAAGACGGAGCGCACAUGCAGUUGCCAUCCUUUUCUCUGUCUGCUCUGCUGGCGGCCGCUGCUGUCACAACACAACACGAAGCGCGCGUUCCGCUCGCGUCUGAAGGCGCGCCUCCCGAAGGAUCUCAACGUACCUUUUCGCUUUCAGCCGUUGCCGCUUCACGCUUUCCGUCGCUGGCCUUCUCGAACUUGCCGAGGGCAUCUUCGUCAGCCGCUUCUCUGCGUCCCGGGUCGCCCUCGACCUCCCCUCUCUUCUUGCAGUCCGCCGGUCAGACGGCGCCUGUUCCUUCGUUCCCUGCGUCUGCUACAGCUUCCACGUUGUCUGCCGACUGUUCUUCGGCGGCUGGUGCGCUCAAGCCUGGCGACUUGGAGAGCGGCAGGGGAACACGCGCAGACGCGGGCAAGGGCGCAAAGAGGCCGACGGAGGGCGGGGCUGGCGGGCGCUGGGAAGAAGGAACCGGACACAGGGGGGAACAGCGGCGCAGCGAGCAGUCAGCAGCGCGAAAAGGAGCAGACGAACCAACCGAGGAAGCAAAAGAAGCAGCGGAAAAUCCGUGGACGCGACCCGACACUUUGCACAGAGGGGAGUCGCCUGUGCGAGAGAGAAACAACGCGCAAGAAGCAGCGGAGCCCCCCGGCAGAAGAGAGCCAGGGGGAGGAGACCAAGAACCAAGGCGAGAGACGCAAAAAGGAGAAGAGGGCGAGGAAGAAACUCGACCAGGCCAAGAGGGAAAGGCUUUGCCCGUUUGGGAGGACCGAAACCACAGAGUGGAGCCGAUGAGGCAGGGAGGCGGAGAUAGAACGUCUGCGAGCGUCAAAGAUUGGGAGACGCCGAGCCACCAUGAGCAGAGAAAUAGAAAGCAACACGAGGGCGGAAAGAAAUACGCCGUGCUGCCUGGAGCAGCAGACGAGACGCAGGAGAACCUCGCAACGGGUGGACAAGGAACAAAAGACGAAGACACGGGGGCUGAGGCCGCAGACGGACGAGGAGAGACAAGAGACACGAGCCACGGAGAGAGGCUGGAGACCCGCGAGACGCGAAAAGACAAGACGUUCGAGGACGGAGAUAGACAGUCCCGCACAACUGGAGACGAAGUUGCUGGUGGUUCUACCCUGCCACACACCGCAGGAGAUACAGGCAAACAGCCCGAGCUGAAGUCACACCGUUUUUCUCGCAUUUCAUCUCCACCUUCGCAUACAUCGCCAUCGCGUUCGGAUUCGUCUUCGUCCGCUCUUGCGUCAUCUACUACUCUUCUUCCGCCCCACUCGUAUCUGUUAUCUUCGUCUCCCACAGUUUCCUGGCCUGGUGUGCCUUCUGUGGAGGAGGCAGACACACAAAGGCCGCCAGGAGGAAAACUCAGGGAAAGCGCACAUAACGCGGAACUGACUGCUGUCGAAGGCUCGAAGGAAGAAAGGAUGAGACUUGCUUCCUCUUUGUCUUCUCUGCCAAAGGCAGGCUCGCGAAAAAACGAGGCAUCUACUGCAGCAACGAGCGUUCUUGAAGGACGCGCUCGGUUCGAUGAGAAAGCCUCCGGAAUCCACAACGCAACUGCAGACACUACCUCAGAAAGCCAGUCGCUGUCUUUUAGCGCGCCGUCUCUUCCGCCUUCCUUCGCUUCAUCCUCUUCGACACCAGAAACCCGAGCAAGAGAUGAGGAACUCGCCCCUCCGUUGAAUGCUUCUUCUUCGUCUUCCCACUCGCAGCCGGUUUCGAAGCAUAGGCACGAAGUCCAGGAACAGAACGUGAAUAUUCUCCUCGCGUCGUACAACGCAUGCAAGACAUUCACAUGCGGCGACGGCAGAUUCACGUCAUUCUUCUCCUUGUCCUGCUUCUCCGGCUUCCUCGUUUCGCCCUGCUUCGUAGUCGGGGGGACAGCGUACGUGACUGUCAGCGCGUAUCUUUGUUAUCUCUUCUGCGGGGGCUGCGCUGUCUUCGGUUUGAUUUUCCUCUUCGGGAUGUAUCGCUCUCCGGUGGAAGAAGAGGUGGAGGUGGACAAGAAUGGCAGCACUCUUGCCUUGGCUUUGGCGUCGUUCACGCCCGCGUUGACAAGACCCGGUUCGUCGCUUCGGCAUUGCUGCGGCGGCGAAAAGCUAGUAAGGAAAAUGUCUUCUGCAUCGUCCCCUGCAGCGCCAAGAAACGAGCGAAAUCUCGAGGAGAAGAAGCAGGAAAGGACACGCGCCACAAACGAGAGUGACCAAAUGCGCAAGCACUCUUCAGGGGCAUCCCGCCACCCACCGUCGUCGGCAUUGCCCUCUUUUCCCCGUCAGGGAGAUGAGGCGUUGACGAUCGGACCAGAGCUUCACGCCGUGUUGAGGUCGCAGACAUCAAAUGACUGGAGACGACCCGACAGCCUCUCUGUCGAACGCCAACACUUGCCGCCCUUCCUCCGUUCAUCGUGGAGUAGGUUAUUUUCGUUUUUUUCCUUCUCACGAGAACGUACACCGCUACGCGGUUGUCUUCCGAGUUUCAGCAGCAGCAGGAGUCAAAACGCCGUGCACUCGCAAUACGUCCAUUUGCCUGCACACAGGUCUGCUGUUUUGUAUCUAUCGCCUGCCUGCGGGGGGCAACGUGGAGGACGCGAUCUAACCGGAGGGGCAAACCGCGGUUACGAGCGAGAGGAUCGCCUCCUCGUUCUUCGAGUGCACAACGUGGUGGAGGCGGAGCGCAGAGAGGCGGGGAAGCAAGAGGCGCGCAAGAAGGGGGAGACAGACGAACACAGCGACCGCAGGGGGUUCGCUGGCUCGCGUGGACACUCAGGUUGGCCACCGUGGGCCUUUUGA